AUGCCGCCAACAGAGAGGGAUGGACAGAAGAAGGCAGCAUGGGUUGGGGGCAUCGCGAAAUCAACAACGGUUGAGGGUGGGUACCCCUUAGCUACAGCGCAGCUGUGCUGGGUGCCGCGCCAUCGUGAUCGAAGAAUCAGCCAAGGUAAUAAAUCGAGGAGGGCAGGCGAGAGGAACGAAGGCGCGGAGAGAUACUUUUGCAGGGACAGCAUGGCUCUUCGGUUGGCCGCGGAGAGGUGCUGCGUAGGGAAGACCGCCACCCGGUCCUUUGCUACCGCCGCCUCUAAGGCGACCGCCGCUUCCGCGAGCCACGACCCGCCGCUGAAGCUUUACGGCAUCCCCGCCCGUUACGCGAACGCCACCUACUCGGCGGCGUCCAAGGCCGGGGAGCUGGAGAUCGUGCAAAGAGACCUUGACGCCUUCCAGCACAUCAUCCGCAACAACGCCAACUUCAAGGCGUACCUUACCAACCCCACGGUGUCGCGGAGCGCAAAGGUGGAGAUGGUUGACAAGGCCUUCGACGCUAAGUCCAAGACCUCUUCCGUGACGAAGAACCUGCUCCUCGCCAUGGCGGGGAAUGCCAGGCUGGCGGACGCCGAAAAGGUGAUCGACGCGUACACCCGCAUGCUGAAGGCAAAGAAAGGGGAGAUCGAUGCCAUCGUCACUACCGCGGAGCCCCUUACCCCCCAGCAGGAGAAGGCCCUGGCGGCCGGCCUCAAGGCGCAGAUUGGCGCGAACGAGACCAUCGUCCUCAAGACGGAGGUCAACCCGGCGCUGGUGGGAGGCUUGACGGUGCAGAUCGGGGACAAGUUCAUGGACCUCUCGAUUUCGAGCAAGAUCGCGUCCAUGAAGACUCUCAUGCAAGACUCGGUCGCGAGCUAAAAUGGUCAGGAUAGGUGGAGGCAUCGGCAAGGCGCUUUUUUCUUGGAAUUUAGGGCUGCUGUGAACGUGGUCUUCUGGGCGGGCGGGAAAUAACGGCUUCUGUUGGCAUGCUGAACUUUUUACGGCACCUCAUGCGGAUAACACCGACUCCCGUGUACUCCAGGCUUAUGUUGCGAUGCAUCUCGCCCGAAUUUACCGUAGGGGUGCACUGGUACGGUAGGUCCUGCCGCAUGACGCUUUAGUGGUAGGACAACGGUAAGGGCUGCGGAGGACGAGGCCGUGUAUUUUUGUUCGCCAACAGCCGUGUUCCUGGUGCUUCGUUUUGGCCCAAUGAGGCUGAUCGGCGAAUACGGCAAGAGUUUUGGUUUUUGUCGUUGUCGAAAAUGAACAGAGUGGACAUCUUCCUUAUUGAAAAUUGUCCUGCUGUUACAGCAUCUGUUGUUGAAGGGACUGGUCCUCGACGCGCGCGUGUGCACCGCUGCGUUGCUGUUAUGGUGCUCCAAACGUACCGGAUUGUGUUUGAUGGGCGUGAUGCUUGACCCGCCAUCGAGGCGGACGACUUCAAGACCCUGCUCCAUUCCACAUCGACAUGUGGUGACGUUGUUGAGAUGUGCGGAACUACAUACACCCUCGCUUACAAACCAUGUACGUACGAGGACUGAUGAUCCCGUUCGGCAGCAAAUUUCGCAAGGCUCCUCUCGGGAAUUUUCCCGCGGUACUCUCCCGCGGGAUUUCUACGGGAACGGUAAUUGGUAACGUUAACGUGAUAAUUCUCGGUUACCGUACCCAUCCAAAUCAUCACCGAGCAAAUGGCCUUCUCCCAUUCCCAUCCAAAUCGUUUCCAAGGACAUGAAAAUCCCUUUGUUCCCACGCAACCAAUUACCGUGCAAAAUGUCGAAAUCCCGUGGCUUUUGGUUACCAACCAAGCAAUUACCGAGGUGAUGUAACGUUACUGGUACCAUUCGGAAACGCAACGUGUUCUACCGCAUUCAUGGCUGAGGGGGGUGGCUGCAAGCUCGUGGAACUGUGUGCGGCGGGUUCGAUGCUGCAGGGCCUCCUUUUCUCUUUUUGCUCUUCUUUUUUAUGUCUGUUUUAUGUAUCGAUCCAUCAAACGAAAGGGGAACAUUUUUUUUUGUAUGUCUUUGAGUCUUUGAAUAUUGGUUUUGAGUAUUGCCGUAGCGUGGAGUAUUUUUUUGUUUGUUGUGUUUGAAGGGCUCGCCUGCGGUGUGACGCAGAUACGGUACACUAUGCUCGAUAUGCGUGUACGUGGUAGCUGGUGGUUUUUGCAUCGUCUGGCAGAUGAGUUUGGUGUUUUCAGUCCUCACGUAGCUGAGAUAUGGUUAUCGAUCAAUCAAGUGAUGGAAAUUUCGAGGUGUCGCUUUUCGGUAUCUUGACCGCGAGAUUUUCGCCUGUA